AAGAGGGGUUAAUAAUGAAUUAACGGGUCAAUUAAUGAAUUAACAGAUCUAGAAAACAUUAGUAAAUUAUUUAUCAAUGCCUUAUUUAUUACAAAAUACAGUAAUACCAUAAUAUUAAUAAAACGGUCAAUAUUCGUUUCCUAUUAUAGCCUUUAGAGGGCGCUACUUAUGAAAAUUGAUCCUACAGAAUUCAGCCAUUACUCCAACUCUGUUGUGUGAAUCUAUCAAGUAAACUAAUAUUAAAGAGGAUACUUCCUUUAACCGCUUUCAAAACAAAAGUCGAAUGGCGAAGCUAACCCUGGGCAGUUGUUUGACAUGAUGGUGCUUUUAUUUUGAAGACCGAUUCUUGUCACAUCCGGCGUUGUUCGCGCUAACUCUGGCAAAGCUAACUGAGCUAACUACUGUCUUUCAGCAGCAUCCAAACAUUAGCUUGCUGAGUAGCUUGUAGCUAGCUAAACUCCACAAACUAGUCGAAGCUAACCUAUGAGUCGCAGGAGAAACUACAGUUUCGCUGAGACGAGCCUGACUCCUGAACUCCACGGCGCCUUCAUGGAGCCUCCCGGGACAGCCAGCCGAGCCGACGGCGAUUUCCUGGAGCUGGAGCCCGACGAGGAGCUGCUCUGCUCGGUCAGCGACAUCACCGAGCACCUCGGCAGGAACAUCACCGUGGUGCUGGAGACAGCGCUGUCUGAGAUCCGCAAAAUGGUCAGCAUCCGGAUCCGAGUCCUGAAAAUGGAGCUACGAGAGAAAACCGAGGAGAUCGAAGUGUUGAAGGCGAGACUGGACACAGGCCAGAGGAACGGCAGGGAUCCGUUCCCCGGCGCGGCGACCACGGAUCCAUCUACAGAGGCGGGCUACAAGAAGCCUGACUUCAGCUGUGGAACCAAGCACAACAACGCCGACCCCAGGAGAGUCAAAGCUGUCAUGCCCGGGGUGAAGAAGGAGAACAUCGACGCGAUCUGUGACUAUCUGAUGAAAGACAAGAACUCCAGAGGCUGCGCUGACAUGGACGGGGACCAGAGCAGCCAAGCCAGCGGCGAGAGGGAGGCUCGCCCAGACCAGGACCCGCACUCUCUGAGCCUGUGGCCUGACGGCGGCAUGGCGGGCUCCGGGUCUGGGCACGGAGACUCCGAGUCCACCACGGAUGAUAUCUUCAGCAUGCUCCCCUCUGGCAGCAAACGGAUGUAUGACUAUGAAUGGAUCGCACCGAUCGAGUAUUCUUCAGACCUGAAAGUGAUGAAGGAGCCCGAGUGUGAGAACGCCCUGACCGCUGAGACGGACAACGAGGAUGAAGACGAGUCGUCGAGGAGGGAAGGAAGCGGACUCGACCAGAACCAGGUUCCGCUCCCACACGUCCAGCCCCCUGACUUCUCCAUCGAGCCCCAGAGCUCUUCAGCAGAGGGAGGCAGCCCCCUGGAGGGCAACGCAGACAGGCCCGAGGCAGGUCAGCAGUUCCCCUCUCACACCUACAUCUGCUCUCUGUGUGGAACCUUCUGCCCCGACUCCAUGUUCCUGGAGGAGCAUAUUAAACUGAUACACUCAGACUCUGCUGGUGCCCAGACCCUGCAGGCCCUGCAGUCCACCUCCUCCGCCGCACCCACCAUGGGCGACGGCAGCGGUGAGUCCAGAAGGGUUGAAGAGGGGCAGAGCGAGGACGGCACGAGACCGGGACCCGGUGUCGGCAUCAGGAGGGGAGGGGGGCUUGUGAAAAAGGAGAUUAAAAUUGAGGGGGGGUACGAGUGUGGGGACUGUGGCCGCCAUUUUAACUACCUUGGCAACCUGCGCCAGCACCAGCGUAUCCACACCGGGGAGAAGCCCUUCAUGUGUCCGGAGUGCGGGGAGAGGUUCCGCCACGCGGCGCGGUUAAAGAGCCACAGGCUGGUGCACAGCGGCGCCCAGAGCCCCUUCCCCUGCCCGCAGUGCGGCAAAGGCUUCUCAGUGCUGUCCGGACUCAAAAGACACCAACGGGUGCACACCGGAGAGAGCCCGUACGCGUGCCCUCAGUGCGGCCGGCGCUUCAAGGAGCUGGGGAACCUGUACACCCACCAGAGGAUCCACAGCGGGGCCACGCCCUACUGCUGCCAGCAGUGUGGACGCAGCUUCCGCCACCUGGGGACCUACAAGAGCCACCGCUGCACGCUGGCGCAGUGAACUGUGCGGGACACGGUGCUGACUCUGACUCUGAGUGUGUGUCUUCACUGUCUGAUGUGUGUCCGUGUGGGAGGAGCGGGUCAGGUGGAGAACAGGGUUUGUUUUUUUCUGCCCAAGCUUUCAUCAAGAAACACUGUGUGAUUCAGCUUGAAGGUUCAUUCUACACCCGGUUUGAGACUCAACUCAAGGUCCCCUUACUUAUUUGAGUUUGCUCAGUUGAGUCCACAUUGAGCCAUCACAGUUAAAACUCCUACAGCUGCUCAUCCACUGAUGAAGACUGUGUUACAUGGCUGAGAGCUCUGGAUUAACUUGAGUUGUUUUGUCAAAAGCUUGUGUGAGGAAAGCAUUCAGGUAGUAAGAGGUCUUUUAGUCAAAGUCAUGAUGAGCAGAGGUGGAUCCAGGUCCACGUCCCCAGAGGAAGACCUUCUGGUUACUGGACUGGACCUCACCAGUGGUUUCUGCAUGUUUGAGUCCACUUCCUGUAAUCUGGUUACAUUUAAAAGAUAUUUCCUGUUUAUUACAACUUUGGUUUGGUGCUCACAGCUUUGUCCAUCAUUUUAUCUGUUAUGAUGACUCUGUAGUCACCAAGGUAACAGCUGAGACCUGUGACAUCAUCACAGUCAAAGGAUCAGUCAGGAAACAACAACACCUGAGAUGAGGUGAGGUUCACUAAGUUUCAGCUCUAAAAAGUUUUAUAUUUAACUUUUUAUCUUUAUUGAACUUUUAGCCUGUAACUUUUGGAAUGAAACUUUUUUUCUGGUGUCUGUCCUCAGCCAAAUAAAAGACGAGUUUUAGUUCAUUUAUACUUUGAAAAUAACAAAAAUGUCAAGGAUUCAGAGUGGAUGAAAUGCUGUCAUCACGUUUCUGAUAAUCCCUCAUCGUCCAGGAAAACUGUGCACAACUACUGAUGUUCCUCAGUGAGCUCAGUGUAACCAUGACUGAUAAAACCAACGGCCAGAACUAAAAAUAAAACUGAAUCAUUACCAACCUUUAAUACAGAAUACACCCACAUCACAAUCAGACUGUGGUGUGGUUUGAAAAUGGUUUGUAUUAAUGUAUAAACUAUUAGAAGUUGGAGAAUUAAAGAGUGAAAUAAAUUUAAGAAAAAGGACAAUUUGAGAACAUUUCACACAGAGGCAUCAGUUUCAACUAUGACAGGUAGUGAGUGAGUUUGGUGACGUGACAUUUAAGGAGCUGAAGGUGAAGAUAAAUCCAUGUUUUGAUUUGGUCUGUGACCCGCUGAGCCUCCAGUCCGGUCCCGACCCCUCUGUGCGGAGGUGGAUCUGUUAGAACGGCAGCGGGACGUCACCAUGUGGACCAUCUGUGUAACUGCAACAGAGGAGAUCUGGGUCAUACUGUCAGCUGAUUGUCUGCGUGGUGCUACGUGUAGAGCAGAAAGUCCAUCAUAUAAAUUUUUAACCAGUGUAAUCUUACAGUGUAAUCGUAAUGUUACAGACUAUAUAUUGGUUAUUUUAUAUGUUUGCCUGUUUGACGACUAAAAAAAAAAAAUGCUGAUCGAAAAAAAAAACCUGCUUGAAGGAAAAUAAAAAACCAAGUGUCUGGUGAGUUUACUCAUUAGAAAAAUGACUGAAACAUGAGUUUCCAGGUCGUAGCUCUGAGUGGAGGAAAACAACGUAUCCAAACCUGUGGAGGUGAAACACUAACCACUGACAAUCUGCUUUCGAAUAAACAGUUGUCUUAAAGUCA